GCCAGGAUGCUCACCGUGGCGGCUUCCUGCAAGAUGGUGGCGACCUACAGCCUGAGCGCGUUCCUGCCUAUCUGGUACUCCCGGCGGGGCCUCACCGGCUACUCGGCGUACUCCUACGCCUGCUGGAGAAUGCCGUCGUGAUCUCCUCGGGCGGCGUGCUGUCGGCCCUGAUGGGCGACCUUGUCGGCACCCGCUGGGCGCAGCGCGACUCGCGGGCGCCGUGCUGGAUAGGCCUCAUCGGCUCGGUCACGGCCAUACCCCUCGUGUGCGUGAUGCUGUUCGCGUGGCAUUUUGGCGUGUCCAUGCUGGCCUUCUUCCUCUUCCUCUUCGCCUCCGAGUCCUGGUUUGGCCCGACCGUGUCGCUGUACCAGGCCUCAGUGAGGAGGUCGGUUCGAGGGCAGGCCGUGUCUUUGUUCCUGAUCGCCUCGUCGCUGGUCGGCAACAUCGGGCCUGCUCUCGUGGGCUUCUUCGACCCCGGUGGCGAGCGGAUCGGGCUGCACCUGCUGUGGAUUUGCAUCACCGCGAACCUAGGCGCCGCGUUCGCUUUCGUGUGGACGGCCCGCGAGAUCAGCGUGGACCCCGUGGCCGCAGGCUUCCACGACCAGAAGGAGGACAACCUCCAGGAGUCGCUGGGCACCAAGGACGCGGGCACCGCGCACUGGGCAACCUUCUGAGUGGGAGAUGCGCUCGGGCGUGUCUGAGACCACUUUUCCUUUGACGUAGAGUAACAGGCUGUGUGUUCGCCUCUGCCGCCUCCUUCCUCCCCUCGCUCACUUCACCUUUUUUCUUCUUUGCCAGGCUAUGUUUGCUCCCGCCCGCUUUGGCAGGCUGCUCGCGCGCGCGAGCGCGCGAGCAGAGGAAUACCAGUAAGCUUGCUCGCGCGAGCCAGGGCGGAGAAAAGAGGAGUCUCCGCUGCGGUGUCGCUUGCCCCUGUCUCAAGCGAAGUGCGGGUGGUUUGCGACCACCUCGUUUGAAUGACCAGCGAAUUUCGGCGGUUGGCCCUUCCAUGACAGCU